AUGCCACGGCCUCUGCUAACACACCAUGCAGAUCACGAUCGUGCCGCUCAUCCUUUGUUCAGACGUUGCCUGCAGUGUCCUCCAGAUCCACCCAGCUGCCCUGCUUGCGCCGCCGAUGAGACAUGCUCGCUAAAAGUCCAAUCGUGCGAUGCGUGUGCCUCGACGACAUGCGUGAAAAUCGGCUCAUUACCGGGACAGAGCGCCGACCCGCCUAAGAAGUCGAAACCGAUCGGAGGUAUAGUCGGAGGCGUCAUCGGUGGGCUGGUAGCACUCGCAGUGGUUGGCUUUUUGGUCUGGUGGUUUUGCAUCCGGAAGAAGAGACGCGUCGAGACUUGGUAUCCUCCUGAGAAGAGAGACCAAUCUACUUUACACCGUGCAGACCGUCGUUCCACGAGAUCCGCGCACUCUAUCGCCUCCACCGUACUUACACGAGCAUCGAAUGUUAUCCAAAUCGCCUAUAUCCCUGGAGUCACCGUUCGAUCUCCACCAGAGUCUCCGGCCUUUCAGGUACCACCUGUACCUGCACUCCCUGGCGGCCGAGGACCCAAUUCGACCGCAUCAACACCGCAUUUGGAGCAGCAUUUCUUUAUGCCAGGAGAUCUACGGGAUUCAACUUGGUCGGACACAUCUUCCCUGGACCCUCGGAUAAGUUUGGCACCAAGCCUGGCGCGUGAGAGUGUGGCUACUACCAUCUAUCGUAGUGAUGCCAUUGUCCCUCCUAUACCGGCUCAACAAGCGUUCCGCGCCCAAGCCAACGUUGUGAGUGUCAAGUCUGGACACAGCACUCCUGGUGCUUCGUCAAAUUCUAGCUCUAGGACCCCGCAAGUUCCACAACUACCUACAUUGGGCAACAGCAAUAGUUCGAUUGUGGCUAGGAAUGUCACCGCCCGCCCGAUCGAGGUCAAGAAGGUUAACUCGGGGACAAGGGUCCCCACGUUGGCCAACCUGGCAAAACAAGCUUCCAGGAAGAGUAACACACCAACCUCACCGGAUUCAAAGGUUGUGCCUGUCUAUUCCGACGAAAAAGAGGUUGUCGUGGGUUCGUCUAGUACCACGCCCAGUUCAGACAAGGACGAAGCUUCCAUAACGAUACCCAGGCCAGCCUUUGCCGGCAACCAUUCAGCAAGGUCCUCGUCUGUCAGUGCUGUCCCACCGCACACGCUUACGGCCAGCACGUUCGCCGGAACAACACAAAGGCAUACAAACAGCAACACUUCCAAUGUCAAUGCCAUGAUCGAGGACGCGAUCAACCGAGCUCGAGACCCGCAGCAUAUCGGUGUCACCAGUCCAGCAGUUCGUCCGGAACUAAACAAGCAUGAUUCAGGGCCCUUUUCAGAUGCAAAUGAAGUCAAGGAGAAUUUCCCUUGA